CCAAAGAGCUUCCUUAACUCCGCAACCUACAGGUAAAUUAUGUCCGUCUCGUCUUCUUCAACAUCACGAACCUCAGCGAAAAUUUAUCUUGAGCGAUGUUUUCGUCGGAGACCAGCCAUGGAAGAUCUUGGCAGGACUUAUCCCCGCCGAGUAUCGGGAAGCGUCAAGAGCUUGCUUCUGAUCAAGAUGAUACCUCCUCUGCUACUGUGACCCAGGAGCUUUCAUCUCAAAUGCACAGGACUGCAAGCAUCGUCAAGCGGUUUCGUGCCAUCAUCCGUUCUCAUCGAUCAGUCAAGUCCUAUUACCACCGUACAAUCAUCAGUCGCUGUCCAUACUGUAAUUGCUCUUUGAGUAAUUCGGUGAUCAUUUCCGACUCGAUCAAGCCGAUCAAGCAUUCAUUCGUGACUGUCGAAAUGGUGGACAAUCUUCUGAGACACCACGAGAUUGUGUGAUACACUCGCAAUUGUGGCUUCCUACUCUAAUUUAUGGCACAAUGUCGGGUGAAAUCAUCCCAAACAGGAAGCUCCAUGUUAGGCUGCAAUUGAGUCAUCAGCUUCGAAAUUGGUA